CAGUACUGACUCUACAUUUGACAACAUUGGUGUGUUGUGUUGAAGUGAAAAACGGACGUAUUAUUUUUUAAGUGCUUGUUUGUGAAGCACAACAACUGCGCUAAAGCUGUAAUUUGAAAAAACUUAAUAUUUAAAUUAGUUGCGGAAUUUGUUGAAAGCAUAAGUAUGGCUGAAGUGCGACGCAGAAAGGCAGACAACGAGGCGGACGAUGCUGCUGCUGCUGCUGCCGCGAGCAGCGCAGCUGAUUCUUCAGAUCAUGUUGAUUCAGAGGAAGAGAAAAUACCAGAGGAGAAAUUCGUUGAGGAGCUGGCCAAGAAUCUACCUCAAGGCACUGAUAAAACGCCAGAGAUAUUGGACUCUGCACUUAAGGAUUUACCAGAUCGCUGGAAGAAUUGGGUCAUUCGCGGCAUUUUUACGUGGAUUAUGAUUUGUGGAUUUGCAUUGAUAAUCUACGGUGGCCCUUUGGCCUUGAUGAUUACGACACUGUUGGUACAAGUGAAGUGCUUUCAGGAGAUUAUCUCAAUUGGCUAUCAAGUGUAUCGCAUUCACGGUCUGCCCUGGUUUCGUAGUCUCUCCUGGUAUUUCUUGCUCACAUCCAACUAUUUCUUUUAUGGCGAAAAUUUAGUUGACUAUUUUGGAGUCGUCAUUAAUCGUGUGGAAUAUCUGAAGUUCUUGGUAACAUAUCAUCGCUUCCUAUCGUUCGCCCUGUAUAUCAUUGGCUUUGUUUGGUUCGUGCUCUCGCUUGUGAAGAAAUACUAUAUCAAGCAGUUCAGUCUAUUCGCCUGGACGCACGUCUCGUUGCUGAUUGUCGUCACCCAGAGUUAUCUAAUUAUACAAAAUAUAUUUGAGGGUCUUAUAUGGUUUAUAGUGCCCGUAUCGAUGAUUGUUUGUAAUGAUGUCAUGGCAUAUGUUUUUGGUUUCUUCUUUGGACGCACACCCCUCAUUAAGCUCAGUCCCAAGAAGACCUGGGAAGGUUUUAUUGGUGGUGGUUUUGCCACCGUUCUUUUUGGCAUAUUAUUCUCACUGUUAUUGUGCAAUUACCAAUACUUUAUCUGUCCCAUACAAUACUCGGAGGAACUGGGUCGCAUGACAAUGUCCUGUGUGCCCAGCUAUCUGUUCACGCCACAGGAGUACAGUCUUAAACUGUUUGGCAUUGGCAAAACUUUGACCAUUUAUCCAUUCAUAUGGCACUCGAUUUCAUUGAGCCUGUUCAGUUCAAUAAUUGGACCCUUUGGUGGCUUCUUUGCAUCCGGCUUUAAGCGUGCAUUCAAAAUUAAAGACUUUGGCGAUAUGAUUCCUGGCCAUGGCGGUAUAAUGGAUCGCUUCGACUGUCAGUUCCUGAUGGCCACCUUUGUCAACGUUUACAUUUCGAGUUUCAUAAGAACUCCAUCGCCGGCCAAAUUAUUGACACAGAUUUAUAAUUUAAAGCCGGAUCAACAAUACCAAAUCUAUCAGUCCUUAAAAGAUUCACUUGGCGAGAUGCUAAACUAAAUGAAAAAAAAA